GCCGGGGCAGGGCCGGGCCGGGCGGGCUGAGGCGAGGCAGCGGCAGCGGCAGAGCGGCAGGGCGGCGGCGGCAUGGCUUCGUCGCAAGGGAAGAACGAGCUGCGGUUCGCCGAUUGGAUGGCGGCUCUGCCCGGCAGCAUCCACCGCACCCCGCUCACCAACCUGGCCAUCCCAGGGUCUCAUGAUUCAUUUAGCUUCUACAUCGAUGAAGCCUCUCCAGUUGGGCCUGAGCAGCCAGAGACGGUCCAGAAUUUUGUGUCUGUUUUUGGGACUGUGGCUAAAAAGCUGAUGAGGAAGUGGUUGGCUACACAGACCAUGAACUUCACCAGCCAGCUGGGGGCAGGUAUACGGUAUUUUGAUCUUAGAAUUUCUACCAAGCCCAGAGACCCAGACAAUGAACUCUACUUUGCUCAUGGUUUGUUCAGUGCCAAAGUCAAGGAGGGUCUGGAAGAGAUCAAUGCGUUUCUUGCUGACCACCCAAAAGAAGUGGUCUUCUUGGACUUCAAUCACUUCUACGGGAUGCAGAAAUACCAUCAUGAAAAGCUUGUCCAAAUGCUCAAAGACACAUACGGAAACAAAAUGUGUCCUGCUAUAUUUGCCCAUGAAGUCAGCCUCCAGUAUCUGUGGGAAAAGGAACACCAAGUGCUGGUGUUCUACCACAGUCCAGUGGCUCUAGAGGUACCAUUUCUUUGGCCAGGCCAGAUGAUGCCAGCUCCUUGGGCAAACACAACAGAUCCGGAAAAACUGAUUCAGUUCCUCCAGGCGUCAAUCACCGAAAGAAGAAAGAAGGGCUCCUUUUUUAUAUCUCAAGUAGUGCUGACACCAAAGGCUAGUACAGUGGUGAAAGGGGUUGCUAGUGGUCUCAGAGAAACGAUCACAGAAAGGGCUCUUCCUGCAAUGAUGCAGUGGGUCCGAACUCAGAAACCAGGAGAAAGUGGUGUGAAUAUUAUCACUGCAGAUUUUGUAGAACUUGGUGACUUUAUCAGCACAGUCAUAAAGCUCAACUAUGACCUGGAUGAAGGUGAAGAUGACACUACUUGAUAGUACUAUAAUAUGUGUGUUGUUGCAUUACUUAGAAUUAAAAAAAAAAAAUUGCAUUUUAAAAGAAUUAUCUUGUAAAACACUGAUCUUCCUAUAACACACUGAGGUGUUUAGGGCUUUAGUGGGUGGGCGUGGGGGAAAUGUUUUAAUCAAUUAUGAUCAUUUUUUACAUUUUUGUUUCAUGUGAAGAGCAAAACCAAACAUGUUUACAGUGUUUGAUAAAAGAAGGCCAUUUACAUGUUUUCCAUAAGGUACCAAAUACGAUUCAUUUGUCUUCUAUGGUUAUGAACAGUGCCAAGAAAUUUGCUGCUUUCGGAGCAACGGGAUGUAUAUUGCCCUCUGCCUGCCCAUGGUAGGAUUCCUAAUGGUGUGCACGUCACACCGGGAGACCGAGGACAGUAUAUCUGGCCCAAAAAUUUUAAGCCGCUACACUUCAUCUCUUAGGUGGUUUAACUGAUCGUAUUUAUCAGUGAGCUACAGGUUUAAAUGCCUUUGUGAAGUAAGUCCAAAGUCAUGCCUUUAACACACUCAUCAUCAGUGGACAGUAAACAUGGUGUAUUACAUAGCUUGCACAGAGCACAGACUAAAUACUGCUUGCUUUUCAUUCUCAAAAUGGGGAUUUCCAACGUCUCUGCCCUAGGCCAAGUCAGCAGAUACGUCGUGCUGGCCUAACUCUGUACCAGGAGCUGCCAGGGUGUAUUUUCCCUGGUUGUAGCAGGAACAAAGUUAGGCCAGCUUGGAGCAGCACUCCCUCCCAGGAUUCAUUUCAUGUAAGAGCCUGAUCUGUCAUCCACUGAAUUUAAUAGGGAAAUUUCCUGUGUUUAGCAUGGAUUUGGCAUAGGAUUAGUAAAUCGUGUGUACUGUAAGAUGGACAGGAUUUUUUCCUAUAGUGGAAACCUGCUUUCUGCAGAACUAAAACCGCAUUUAAAAAAAAAAAUAGGUGCAGUCUAAGAUUCUCUUUAAGGCAGCUACAAAUACAACGCUUUUCUGCUGAUUACAAAAAAAGUCAGUGCUGGUUUCAUCAGUGAAAAAUUGCUGUACUGAAGAGUAGUUCAGUUUCUAGCUAGUAACAAUAUAGUCCUUCAGUUGUUUGUGGGAUAUAAUACAGCAUAACACAUGGCUGGAAGUCUACUGAAUGGCACUGUUCUAGCAGCAGAAUCGCUGAUCAUCCUGAAACAUGUAAAACUCAAAUAUAUGGAAAAUUUACUGAUUUAUAAAAUGAGAGCAUUGCCACUGUAUGACACCUAACUGGAUACAAUGCAAUCAGUCAUAUCUCCUGGACACAUCCAUGCACAGGCACACAACUUUGGAAAGUAAAACAUUUCAUUUGUGCAAAACAUUAGAUGCUAUAACGAAAAAUAGAAAAUGCUCUUUGAAAUAUUGCAGAGCUUUAUGGGAUAAGACUAAGCUCAAGUUCCCAUUGAUGCUACUAAAACUUUUGUUUUGAGUGAGAAAAGAGAAUGGCAUCAUACGGUCCUUUGCUAUUUUCUGUCAGAUGAUAAGGACUACCAUCUAACAUCAGAGUUUAGAAAAACAAAAAUGGUCUUAUUGAACAGGUGGGUUAUGGGCAGAUUAUAGGGGAUUUGUUGUUGUUUUUAAUUUAGGAAGUAGUGGAAUAAAAUGAACACUUGCUGCUAUUUUGUACUGAGAGGGUGCCUUGGAAAAAGUGUGUACUAUAAAGAAACACUUAAGUGUAUGUGUAGUGUAAUGAGACAUUUAAAUGUGCGUAUAUGACACAAAGACAUCCAUGCACACUUGCGUAAUGAUACUCGGGUUUCUGGACAGGCAUAUUAUAAAUUUGGUUGAAAAAACCUAUUACAAAGUUAAGAUGCCUCCUUCAGUGGCAUUUUUUUCUGUAUAGGUUAGGACUCUAAGAUUCAUCCCCAGUGAAAUCUGUGAUCUAAGCCAGUUAGGUUUUUUACAGUGUUAAAACUAUGCCUGAACUGCCUCAAAAGUUUACCAAGAGUCACAGCCCAUAUUUGCAUUGAACAAGGGGGAGGACUCUAGUGCUUUCACCCACAACUGAGCAAGGUAAGGGGUGGGUUGAUGCACUUCGUUUCCACUUUCCACAGGCUCUCCAAGCAAAAUUCAUGUAACAGACACAUAAAAUGAAACAUGAGCAUAUGUUUUUUUUUGAACCCACCCUAUGUGGGUGUCCCACAUAGAAACAUGUAAAUGUUUGCUUAUUUAUUGGCGAUGUGGUAUAAAAUGCUUUUUUAAUUUUUCUCUUUAGCUGGAUUUGUUUCCUUCCAGACUCUUACUGUCAUCCUUCAGCUGCUUACGUAUAGUCAAAAGAGUUAACCUAUCCUUUUAAUAUGGUAAAGUAAUCUGAAUCCUUGGGUGAAGCAAAACCUAGGUUUCUUUUUUUGGGUUCUGAUCGAAAUUCUGUUUAAUCUGGGAGCAUCAAUGACACUUGAGUUCCUCCUGGGACCCUCCACUCAAACACACACCAGACACACCAGGCUUUUUGCUUACACAGAGGUGUACUUAAAGCAAAUGUUCUACUGUAUUUAAGAAAAGUGUGUGUGUGUGCCUGUAUAUAUGAAUAAACAUAGAGCUAUCUUGAGCUUGUUAGCAUUGUUAUGAAAUGUUUGCUUAGCGUCAGUUUUAUUGUAAUUAUCAUUUGGGUGCUGGUAAAUAAAAGCAAAGCAAAAAAAAAAAAAUCCUCUGAUAAGAAGGAUAAUAGACAAAUCAUAUAGUUUCUCCAUUAAUGGGGAAAAAAACUCUUAGCAAAAUGUUAAAUUUUGGUCAGAAAAGUUCUUUUUUCAUUUAGCUGUUGAUCUUCUUUCUGUUGGAGAAGCACAGCACUUUAUGUUAGGGACAGGUAAACAAACUUGCCUUAAUUACUAAAACAAAAAAGUGUGUGUUGGGGAUAUUAUCUACGCUUUUCUGGCGAUUUCAUCUGCGAGGCCCCAAAACUGUAAGUCCUGAUAGGGAUUCACUCCCUGUUGAUACUGUUUGGGAGAUCUCGCCAGAAAAGAAUAAGCCAGAAGGGACUAUGCAGCACAACUGGACCAUUCAAGAGCCCGGUUUUACCACCCAUAUGCAGCUAAAACUCUCUUUGAUUUCAACCAGAAAUGUGCUUGCAGGGUUGGGUCAGAUGAGUUAUUCUGACUCGAUUCAUUUGGGAGGUUUCUACACACGUAUUAUGAGGAAUCUUACAUGGGAAAUUAGAUGACUGUAAUCAGCCCAUCAGACGAAAAAUACCUGUCUACACUAUUGAUCUUCAUAAGCAUCUAUUUACUCAAACUGUCAUGUCAUUCUCUGCCAAAACACUUUUUUUCUUCCUGUGCUCAUUUCCCCCCUUUCUAUGUUCAUCAUGUACACAUCAAGGGUUUUGUUUUCUGACGUUUUCAUGUCAUUACUUGAUCCUUUCUUUUCAGUCAUACUCGAAAAAUUGCGACUGCGCUGCACAACACCUGCAGUGUCUCGGCUGGUGUAAACCUGCCUGGCUACAUUUUUUCGGUUUACACAAGCUGAGAUGUCUUUAUUCGGUACGAAUCCAACCUGCAGCAAUUUGGACCAAAGAGCAUCUGGUCCCGGGGUCUGAUUCCUGCCUUGUGUGGAGAGGGGUAAGAUCAGAAUCAGACCCCAGGAGCCUAGUUUUAAAAAUCAGUGGGUUAUUUAUAUAUCCAUUUGCUUUUUGUUACAUUAAUGGUUUUGUAGGUCCUGCCAUUUCAAGCCAUUCUUUUAAACAUACACCCGUGUGUGUAUAUAUAUGCACAUAUGUGUGUGAGAGGGAAUGUACGAUCCUGUAUGCUGGGCGAAGUCUUUCUGUCAUCUAGGCCAUUUCUACUAACUUCAAAGUAGUUACUAAACCUUUACCCUGGGAUGAGAGGGGAGCUGAUAGUCAGUGUGUAGUAAGCAUGUGCUGUGUUGCAACAGAAAUUUAAAGUUGCGGAGCUUAACUCCACAAUAUCAAAAAAGUGGAGCACCCUGAAAACACAGCUCCAGUGCUGUUCAUCCUGAAUAUAGUAUAGGGAGCACUAGGUAUUAGCAACUGAGUAAGCUAUUUGGUGAUUUCAAUGGUUCGGUUAACACCAUUUUAAACUUCUAAACGCCUUUUCAGUGAAGUAAAAGCUAAUAGCGUAUAUGAUGUGUUUGCCAUAUCUCAGUGGUAGCUUCUGUGUUACAUACAGUCAAUGUUGUUCUGAAUUGUGUAUGUUUACCCAAUAAUGAGGUUAAAAUAUGCUGUAUAGUAUGUGCAACGUAUUGAUUACAAGUAUGUUGGAGUUCAGUGAUCUGUUUAGUUUUUACCGUGCUGCUGUUUUGUAGGUAUGUGUGUGUAUGGGAGUAUGGAUUGUCUACAGUGUAUGAGGAAAUAAUAAUUAAUCCUAAAGGAAAAGGGCAGUUAUGUAACCUGCCUUAAUGCAUUUGCAUAAUAAUGUUUAAAUCCCAUAAUUAUCAGUUCUGAUUUCAAAUGUUAUGGGGAUUGUCCGUAGGGCUGACUCCUUCACUUUUCAGCACUAAGGAGUCAAACUUGGAGUUACUUGGAGCUCACUUACGUAUUGGUAAAUAAAGAACAGGACGUUUGCCUGACUGACUACCUUGAUUGUACAAGGUGGUACAGACGUGAUUUCCAGUGUGAUACAGAUCAAAUCACUUCUGUGCACACACAGCUUCUGCUGAUGCCAGCUGGAAUUGUGAGCAUGUAAUUGAAUGGCCUAAAAUUCAUCUUCUGGGAUACAGACACGAUAGCAGGAAGGUGAUACCCGGCUUUGGGGAAGUGCCUGGGUGCUAUGCAGUCCUGCUCAUGUCCCAUGCUGGAGCGUAGCUGUAAACUCACAGGAAGAGCUUUGAACUCUGCUGUAGUCUAGGUUGGACUGUAAAAAUCUUUAUGUGAAAAUGAUAAAUGUCAGAGGCUGAGCAGCGUAGCCUGGCCUGACCACAUACAGCAUUCUGCUUUCAGGAGCCAUGGCAGCUUUAAUUUAAAAGGCUAUAGUAAUUCCACAGUGGCUCACAGGACCUAGUGCUCCACUUAGAAAUCUCUUCAUUGCCCACAGGUACGACCCUUCUGCCAUUCCCAUAGCCAGCUCCAGCUAUUCUGUCUGACAUGCCUCUGCCUGAUGCCAAGGGUAAUUCUGAAAGACAUGCUGAACACAGAGAGGGCCAGUUGGACAGGAGUAGGCAGAGUGUGCCUGCCCUACCGUACCUUUGGUGUGAGGGCAGCUUCAGUCAGACCCACCUGAACAGUGAUUGAGGUAAGGCAGAAGUCUGAUUUCAGACCUUCUUCUGUUAUCUUUGUGUAGGUAAAAUGCAGCAUCCUCCCAUUCUUCUCCUUUGCCUCUGCUCAGUGCUCGUUAUCUCAACUUCUGCAUACGCCCCCCUUUAACUGCCAGCUGUGAGCAGCACUGCUCGAAGUGAGUGUUACAGUUUGUCAUCCUCAGUAGACCAUAGCAAACCACAGGUUCUUAUAAGAUGUUAAGUACGGGGCUAAAAGAUGACAGUGUCCCACAUCUGAUGCCCCGGGAUGGUUUAUCUCUACACUCCAAGUUAUGUACACAUGUCCUCUUAGAUGGGUCUCACCUUGGCUGAUGAGAAUUCAGUUAUAAACUUUCUCCCUCCAAAUUAAAACCAGAUUGCAUUAUAUGCCAAUGAGUAUAUGCUAAGACGGAGGUACAUUUAGGCUUUUUUUUUUACUUCAUUGAGAUGACAUGUCAUCUGAGCCUCCCUCAGCUCUGGGUCCCACAAAAGUCAAUUUGAUCAGGAGAGAUUCCUUGGGUAGCUGAAAUCAGUUUUGCUGUGAAGCUGGGAUCCUUAAAGCAGAAUCCUGGGUUUAUGUGUAAUUAUUAUUAUUAUUAUUAUUAUUGAUAAUAAAAAUAUGUUGUUAAAAAUACAAUUCUAAAAAGGAGAAAAAGAAGGAAUAUCUGGGCUUGCCAGAACAGCUGUUAAGUUUUUGACUGCCUCAGUCAUCAGUAGCUUUAGGAUCAUGUAAGUGAUGAUUAGGAUUGACACACUGCCUCCUGACAUCUUCAGGGUCUCUGUACAGAAGCCUUAUUAUUCCCAAUGAGCAUUAAUGCAUUUGAAUGACUUUUCUCUGUUUUGGUGGGAAGGACAAUUGUGUAACACUGAGGACAUGGAGCUCCCUGUGUGUUGUGCCCACAAAGGUUCACAGAGCUGCACCUUCUCUUUUUAGGAUCUAUUCAAUGGUACUUUAAUGUUGUGUAAAAAAUGCCUACGGUUCUGUAUAGCAAAUGUGAAUUUUUAUGACAGGAAUGUGUAUUUAAUGUAAAAAAAGAGUAAUAUAAAAUCCAGUUUCUUUGUAUCCAGUGAAACAUCUAAUAAAGCUCUGGUACCUGUA